AUGAAAUAUGAGGUCGAAGGACUAGACUUCAUGUUCCAAUACCCACCACUAGGACCUGGCUUCUUUGUCGUCCGUUGCGACAGCCAGCGAAUAGAACACCAUUUCGAAAAGGACCCGCUAAGGAUGUACGGAAAUCGCACCCAGCUGGCCCGACACUUCUCGGCCCGAAACGCUCGGUGCCACAUGUGGGACCGGGGUAGCCGUCCUCCCACCGUAGAGGAGAUAAUUCGGAACUGGGGUUACAGGGGCCGUCCGCUGAAAUCAGUGGUCGAGAACAAUGGCAAGGAUGAUGUGAACAGCGAAUGGGUUGCGGAGAGCAACGAGUCUCUUAGGCACAAUGGCAAACUGAUGGGAAAGAAAACCGCCGACGGCAGUCAUCGCAGGGUACCUGAGCGCCCGCAAUUCGAGCCCGUAUCCUCAAGGGUCGGCCCACACAAAGUUUCGGUUCACGGCUGGUCACCGUCUCCGGACUUCGAGGUCGAGGUCGCUGGUCCUUCCCGGAGUGAGGACACUGGCGCUAUGCCCUUAUCCACUGGUGACGAUGCCAACCCAACCUAG